UGCGUGUCUGAGGAGCACCAGGGCAUCUUCCACUCCGUCAACCUCAUAGACACCGUAUACCAGGAGGAAAAAUUAGCCUUCUUCAGCAGCCUGAAAAAAAUGAGAAUAAUAAAUGAGAAGCUGACGAAUGAAAUCUCAGGUCAACCAAAGGAUACAGAUAUGGUGCUGAACAAUGAUGCAGAGCUAAUUGCACUGGAAUUUGGAGAAAUUUUCAAAAUUCUGGAAAUGAAGAAACGGCAAUUGCUAGAAGAUGUUGAAAAUCAAAGAAGUAAAAAAGAGAAAGAAUUUCAGAUUUGGAAGAAAAUGAAGGAAACUCACAAGAAGACCAUUGAGAAUUUUUUGAAGGAUUGUGAAAAGCUUGUCCAUGAAUGUGAUCCUCAGCAUUUCCUGGAGGUGGCCUGUGGCUUGAAUACAAGAAUGAAAACUCAGCUUGACCUGAUGAAUAUAGCAUCCAGCUAUGAAAAACCACCAGAGUAUACUCAAAAGAAGAUGGAUAUCAAACCUGUUGUAAAUGAAAUCUUGGCUUUGAAGUUAACGCAUGUUAACGUAGGCAUUGUUAAAGAUCUACCUUCUAGAAGAGAUGAGAACUCAACAAAAAAUACUUUAUUUAAAAAUAAUAUAAAGCAAUGCCAGGAGCAGAAGAAUAUACCCAACACAUUUCUUCCUGUAGCAGGACAGGAGGAAGCACUAGCAGACGGUAGCAGGAUCUGUACUCGCUUCAUGUCAAUAUCAGAAAUGUCAGCAUUUCAAAACAUGAGCCAUGAGGAGUUACGUUACAAGUACUAUAUGGAAUGUCAGCUCACCGAUGAGUUGAAGACACAAAGUUUACCUGCAAAUAAAAAGUAUAAAUUUGUAAUUCCUGAGGCUUUGAAGGAUAGGUCCUCAGGAACUCCUUUUGUAUCUUCAUCUACCAAAGCAAAUAACACAGAUAAAGUAAAAACGGGAACCCUGCAAAGGACAGAUGGCUUUAAUGAGAGAAGCUUUUCUGGAACCAGUAAUCACAGCAUACCAUCUACAAGUAUGAACUUUUCUGAAACAAAUGGUGACCUCAAAUUAUUUCAUGAGAGAAGUUCCCAGGAAGUAACCACUCUGGCCAUAUCAGAAAAUUCUAAAGACUUAGUAAUUAAAGAAAAACUGCCAAUGCAGGCAUCAGCAGUUAUUGUUUCCAAUGAAAUGGACACAAACUCUAGCACUUCAUCUGGCUUAAAACCAGCAGCAUCAGUAGCUGUUACUGUUUCAAAUUCAGAAUUUCUAGAUGUUUCUGCACAGAGGCUUUUUGCUUCACCUUUUGCUUUCAGUGCCUGUAACAACUCCUCACCCAGAUUUAUUAAAGAUACAGGUACAUUUUCCUUCAAAAAGAAAGAUAGGAAAUAUGUUUUCCCUCAAUUUUAUCUAGGAAAAUGUGAUAGUGUGGAUAAAAGCGAUAACCAGGAUGAAAACAAACCUAGAAAACAUGACCCUGUAUCCAAAACCACAGUUUCUGAUGCUUCAACCAGUCCUAAUUUAGACUUUGCAGAAAGUGAUAAGCCAGAUUUUUCAUUUCCCUUUGGCAAAUCAGAAAGAGAUUGUUUUGCAGGGUCAGGAGUCAGCAAUUCAUUUAAGGCUUUACCAUUAUCCUCAUUUUUUAGCAAUUCUGAGAAGCCAUCUGACAAAAAUACAUCAUCUCACAUGAGAGAAAAAACACUUUCUGCAAAGGAAACUACAGAAUAUGGUACACAGAAACCAUCUGUUUCAUGGGAACAAAAAGCUAAUGCCUCAGAAUCCAUCACAAUGGUUGCUUGCAGUACUUCAGAAACCAACACUGUAGCUGGGGUGAAUGAUGUUUCCAAGUCCCCCCUUCUCCCUAGUAAUUGUGUAUUUUCCUUCAAAAAUAACUGUUUUCAGUUGCCUUCACCAGUGUUUUCAUUUGGAAGUAUUGUCAGAAAUAACUCUGAUUCGCUGACUUCCUCUAUGGUUUUGCCUGGAAAUGGUACUGAAAAAACAGAGAAAGAGAAGAUGAAAUCUCCUGACAAAACACCUCUAAAUCUAGGCAAGUCUCUAUCUUCAGAGUGUGCAGAGCCUGCUUCUAAACAUAGUCAUGCAAAAUGUGAAGUUUCAUUCUUUCCUAUGAACUCUCCAAAGAAAACCGGAAGCACAGAAGUGCUUGCCGAUGGUAAUUCUUGUAGCCAGCCUUCAUGUUCAGUUGUCCUUCCUGUUAAGUGCGAUAAUGCAUCUUCCACUCAAAUUAUUACAGCAGCAAAAAAAGAAACGAAGGUAAAAGAUGAAGAAAGUGAAACUGUUGCUGAAAACCUCUGUUCCUCUCCUAGGAGGGAAGAUGAACCUGAGUCUGUACAGUUGCAGAAUGCAGCUUGUUCCGUUCCUGGCACAUGCAAUGAUCCAUCUUCAGGAGGUUCUGUGCUUAUGGUAAAUGAGGCAGGAGGAAUGCCAAGUGACAGCGAUUCUGACACUGAAGAGCUAAGUCAGACAUCUGUCUCUAGUGAUGCCAGCAGUGCAUCAGAAUAUUCUUCUGUUGCCGAAGACAAAAUAUCUACUAGAAGAAAAUCAGAGACAUGA